AUGCCGUCCCAAAAGCAAACCCACUACGACACCUCGCUUCCCGAAGUCCACGGGCUCGUGUACGACGAGUCGGAAAUGGCCCUGUUUCAUGCAAAACUAUCCUACCACUCCACUGUCGACGAGCGGAUGGCCUCGCAAGAUACCAACCUCGCGUCCAUCUGCGAGCACCAGGCCCGAAUCCUCAAACGCUGGGAGAUGCUGAAGCAAGUAGAGAAGGAAAUGGCCGAUAAGGGGAAGAAUCUGUCGCCUGCCGAGAAGAAACAGUUGGCGCAGUACGAGUGGCGGUAUAAGAGGUUAGAAGAACUGGCUACACAGACGACCGGUGGCUGA